UAAGAUCAGAUAUGUAGGUUUCAGCUGAACAACUUCGACAUACAGCGCAGCAAAAAUGCCUUAGUAGAGACGACACAGCAAAGGAUAACAACUAAGCGACAAUGUGGCUUUAAUAAGAAAGCUUUGCCCCUGUAGUAAGUUCGCAGGGCACAUCGCAGAAACGAAACAACAGGAGGAUACGGACAGGCGCUUGCAACCAGUAGUAACCACAAAACAGAACAAUGCGUGCGCUAUGAGAGAAAAGCCGAGCCGGGACAUUCAUGGUAUUGACAGACGGCAAAUAGACAAAAAAAAAACCCUUUUUUUUUUUUUUCCUUUUUCUCUUUUUCUUAGUUCCCGAUUAAGCUCCCGUGGUCUCCAAAAUAGAUCGCCUGAAAGCAUCGAAGUGUUUCAAAAAUACAAAAUUCGAGGAGGAACGCGAGUGUCGUAACACCGUAGUAUCGUCAAAGGCUGAGCUCGACGUGCUUCUGGAAGCACAUAUUUGAAAGACGGUGGUUGAGGUCCCACAAUCCCCUCGGCCUUCAGUUACUUAAAUCCCUAGCCACCAUGAGCAGGGCAGUUGUAGCCCUCACGGCGCCGGACUUGCUGUCUCACGCCAGUGCAGGAUGUUCCUCGCUUUGCGCAGUAGACAACAUCCCCUUCCGGGUGGGUACAGCCGCAGUCGUACUUGUAGAAGUAUUGCGAGCACAUUUUGAAGAUUUGAGGUUGAUGGAGCUGAACAGGGUGAGUUUAAUGAGAGAUAUAGACAGUCAAGCCGACUCGGUCAAGCAACUUGUAGAGUUCAGAGAAGACGAAAGAUGUCGAGCUCAGCGAUCUUGCUUUGAGGGUAAUCUGAGAGAUAGAACUGCUGUGAUGUUGUUCUGAUAGUUCGACGGAUUGUGAGGACCUUAAAUAAAAUUGCUUGGUCUUGCUUCUGUACCAAAAUGAUAGAGAAUGACUGCGGACAGCUGUGCCGCAAUAGCACCAUUUACAAGAAAUAACAAAAAAGGUACCAAAGGAGGCUUAGAAUAAAAAAAAUCAUAAUAAUAGAAUAAAAACUGAUCUUUAAAAAAAUAAAAUAAAAAAGCCGGGGCAGAAGAAUGAAAGUAAGAACAAGGUUAGUCAAGGAUCUCAAGUACGGAUACAGCAUCUUCUCUUUUCCUUUUUCCUUUUUCUUUCUUUUUUUUCUUUUAUUUUCUUUUUUUUUUUUUGUUCUUCUUCUCUU